ACCCUGCCUGUCCUGCGCCGCCCCGCACACCAGCUCCGCUGCAGCAUGUUGCGCGCCGCUGCUGCUCUCGCCGCGGGCCUCGGGCCCCGCUUGGGCCCCCGCCUCCUGUCCACAGCCGCCACCGAGGCCGUGCCGUCCCCCAACCAGCAGCCCGAAGUCUUCUACAACCAGAUCUUCAUAAACAACGAGUGGCAGGAUGCUGUCCGCAAGAAAACAUUCCCCACUGUCAAUCCUUCCACCGGGGAGGUCAUCUGCCAAGUAGCCGAAGGGGACAAGGAAGACGUGGACCGGGCAGUAAAGGCUGCCCAGGCUGCCUUCCAACUGGGCUCGCCCUGGCGCCGCAUGGACGCAUCCGAGAGGGGCCGGCUGCUGAACCGCCUGGCCGAUCUGAUCGAGCGGGACCGGAGCUACCUGGCAGCCUUGGAGACGCUGGAUAAUGGCAAGCCCUACAUCAUCUCCUACCUGGUGGAUUUGGACAUGGUCCUCAAAUGUCUCCGUUACUAUGCCGGCUGGGCUGAUAAGUACCAUGGGAAAGUCAUUCCCAUCGACGGGGACUUCUUCAGCUACACCCGCCACGAGCCUGUGGGCGUGUGCGGGCAGAUCAUCCCGUGGAACUUUCCGCUCUUGAUGCAAGCGUGGAAGCUGGGCCCAGCCUUGGCGACCGGAAACGUGGUUGUGAUGAAGGUGGCCGAGCAGACUCCACUCACUGCCCUCUACGUGGCCAACUUAGUAAAGGAGGCUGGCUUUCCCCCUGGCGUGGUCAACAUUAUUCCCGGAUUUGGCCCCACGGCUGGGGCUGCCAUCGCUUCCCACCCGGAUGUGGACAAAGUGGCCUUCACAGGCUCCACCGAGGUUGGCCGCCUGAUCCAGGUUGCUGCAGGGAGCAGUAACCUCAAGAGAGUGACCCUGGAGCUGGGGGGGAAGAGCCCCAACAUCAUCAUGUCAGACGCCGACAUGGACUGGGCCGUGGAGCAGGCCCACCUUGCCCUGUUCUUCAACCAGGGCCAGUGCUGCUGUGCAGGCUCCCGGACCUUCGUGCAGGAGGAUGUUUACAACGAGUUUGUGGAGCGGAGCGUCACCCGGGCCAAGUCUCGGGUGGUGGGGAAUCCCUUUGACAGCCGGACUGAGCAGGGGCCGCAGGUGGAUGAAACUCAGUUUAAGAAGAUCCUCGGCUACAUCAAGUCUGGGAAGGAGGAGGGGGCGAAGCUGCUGUGCGGUGGAGGGGCGGCCGCUGACCGUGGCUACUUCAUCCAGCCCACUGUGUUUGGAGAUGUGCAGGAUGGCAUGACCAUCGCAAAGGAGGAGAUCUUCGGGCCCGUGAUGCAGAUCCUGAAGUUCAAGACCAUAGAGGAGGUCGUUGGGAGAGCCAACAGUUCCAAGUAUGGGCUGGCCGCGGCUGUCUUCACAAAGGACUUGGACAAAGCCAAUUAUCUGUCCCAGGCGCUCCAGGCGGGCACUGUGUGGGUCAACUGCUACAAUGUGUUCGGGGCUCAGUCACCGUUUGGGGGCUACAAGAUGUCUGGGAGCGGCCGGGAGCUGGGAGAGUACGGCCUGCAGGCAUACACCGAAGUGAAAACCGUCACAGUCAAAGUUCCUCAGAAGAACUCAUAAAGAACCACGCUGGCUUCCUUACCCACCUGGGGAUGUCAAGUGCAACAAGAUCAACAAUGGAACCUUAGAAAAACUGACCCUUGCCCUCUAAACCUCUUGCAAGAGAAAUUCUCCCACAAAAUCUCUUGGAUCAAGAAAGUCCCAGAGUCUGAAUUCCUUAUGGGCGGGUGUGGGGCGAAGGGCACAUGAACGGGAAAGCUUUUGAAUCUGCAACAAUACUACCAGCUUCAGGGCGUCUUUCUGAUACACUUUUGUAACUUACCUUUAUGAGGGGAAAAGUCACUGUUUGCCACUGUGCUGGCACUGAGGCCACAGCCAGCAUCUUGCUUUGUAUUCUUCGCUAAAACUCAUUAAAAAACAGUGCUCAUCUUCA